GCAAAUGAAUGUAAAUAGUCUAAAAGCUCAAAAUCCUCAAUCAGUAAGAAUCACUCUCAUCUGCUACGUUAUAAUUAAUACCAGCUUCAACUCCCCCCCACUGUUGUUAACUUAAACCAAGCAGCCUGCAAACCGACUUUCCACUGACAGCAUGUAAAUGGUCGCUAAGUUUUCACAUGUCAACAGGCCGCACGUGUUCCAGCUGUGGAUUAGCCGAUAUGCUAACUGUUAGGUUUCUCCCUCCAGCAUUGACCCGAGUCGACCUGGUUUGUUUAGCUUUGUUUUGACAACGUUGGCGACACGCACGGACAGCGGAGAGGCGGACUUCCCUGCUCGGAAGAGGUGAACACUUGCUGUGGAAGUUUUGGUUUUUUUUAUUUUCCCUGUCGUAAAUUGUUGUCACCGCCGGGAUUGACUGGAUUCACUGCGGCCGACCUCAGGCUAACCACCGCUGCUACCCCACCCCCCCGCUGCAAAGGAAACAACAGAGCUAACAGCUAACAGCUAGCAUCCAGGCCUUCAACAGGAGUGGAAAUGAAAAGAAGAGCUGCGGACUCAGAGGCAUCUAAAUCCAAGGGGAAAGGAAAGAAGAGACCCGCGGAGAAGUCUGCUCCGUCUCUCCCCAGAACACGACGAGACAAGAAAGAUGGAGAAACAUCUAAAGCAGGACCCCCUCCCCUCAAGUCUGCAGGAGUCCAGAGGAGAGGCGUGCACGGGAGCAUCCUGCACUACAUUUAUAAGAACACCCUGGGACAGAGUCUCCACUCCCAGAUGAGACAGUGUCUCCAGGAGCCGUUCAUUCGCUCGCUAUCGUCGUAUCAUUUUCACAGCUCCACCAGCCCCUUCGACCGCAGGAUCACCUGUCUGGAGUGGAAUCCCGUUCACCGCACCACUCUGGCCGUGGGCUCCAAGGGUGGAGACAUUCAUCUGUGGGACUAUGAGGUCCCCACGAAAAAAACUUUUAUUCAGGGGAACGGUGCAGGGGACUUUAUCGGAGGGAUGAAGUUUUGCCCCACAGACUCCUCCAGAGUGUACGUGGCCUCUGGGGAGGGAACACUGACCAUGCAGAGCUUUGAGGGCCUCGCGCCCACCACACUGUCCACAACUCAACACUGUGGCCACGAUCACCACAACGUUUGUUACUGGUACUGCUGUGUCGAUGUGUCCGUGAGCAGGCAGAUGCUUGUGACAGGAGACAAUAUGGGACAGUUGUUACUCCUGGGAUUGGAUGGACAAAAGAUUUUCAGCAACAAGUUGCACAAAGCCAAAGUGACCCAUGCAGAGUUCAACACCAGAUGUGACUGGUUGUUGGCGACGGCCUCAGUUGACCACACGGUGAAGCUUUGGGACCUGAGAAACAUAAAAGACCAGAAGAGUUUCCUGCACAACCUGCCUCAUGAAAAGGCUGUCAACUCAGCCGUUUUCAAUCCGUUCGACUGCUCCAAGUUACUGACCACAGAUCAGUACGACGAGAUACGCGUCUACUCGUCCAGUGAUUGGUCGACGCCUCAACAUAUCAUCCAACAUCCUCACAGACAGUUUCAGCAUCUCACACCCAUCAAGGCAACAUGGCACCCGGUGUACGACCUGAUUGUCGCCGGCCGCUACCCUGACGAGCGUGUUUGCUCAGGUGACCAGAGAACCAUCGACAUCUAUGACUCCAACACAGCAGAGCUUGUGUAUCAGCUGUACGACCCCACGGCGUCAGGGAUCAAAUCUAUCAACAAAUUCAAUCUCAUGGGUGAUGUGAUUGGAUCUGGAAUGGGCCUGACGGUUCUAGUCUGGAACAGGAACGAGUCACUGAUCAGCGAUGGGGACACGCAGCAGCAGGAGGACACCUCAGCCUCAGUGGACAGUCUGAGACGGCAGAGGAGGAGUCGGCAGAGCUCCAACAAGGAGCGGAGACGUCCGGCUGUGGAUCCAAAGCUGAAGAGGAAACUGGCUUCUCUGGAAGAAUGUGAUACCAAGACCAAGACCAAACAAAAACAAGCUCAGAUGAGGAAGAAGUGAACUUUCAAAUAUUCAGGAAUUUAAAAAAACUCACGUUCACAUUCCUUUGUUUACUGUUUGUUGUCUCUAACUGCAGGGACUGUUUGAAUGUUUCAGGUUUUCUCUUACAAACCGUUUUAAAACAGGAAAGUUUGUGUGUUUUCAAAGAUGUUUUUCUACUGUUUAGCAAUAAAAAGGUUCAGGUUUCUGUAAUAAUUAAGUAUUUUGUUUUUACACACUGAGUAUGUUAUAAAUACACAAUAAUAUAAAGGAAGAAUAAAGGCAAGUGGUUUAUAA